AUGAAGACAGCUCAAGAUUGCCAAAAAAGUUAUGCCGAUAAAGCCCGAUGUGAUGGUCAAGUUCAAAGUGGAGAUUUCGUCCUGGUGAAAGUAUCUCCAAUGAAAGGUAUUAGAAGGUUUGGAAUUAAAGAAAAAUUGACUCCGCAUUAUGUUGGACCCUAUGAAAUUAUCGAUCGAGUUGGGGAUUGGGCUUAUCGGCUAGCACUUUCAAAUUCCAUGGAACAAAUUCAUAAUGUGUUUCAUGUAUCACAACUUCGUAGCUAUGUCGCAUAUCCUUCUAAUAUUUUAUCUCCGGAUGAGUUAGAGCUAAAUGAGGAUCUUUCGUAUGAGAAAAUGCAUAUUUGGAUCAUGGACAGAAAGAUUCCAACCAUGAGGAACUGA